ACUACUUUACCCACCUUUACCCAAAAUACCUAAAAUACCCAAAAUACCUUGUCCAAUUCGUCCAUGCCAUCUUCUGGACAAACCAUUCCUUCCGCAUCUACUGUUCUGGUGCUGGUGUCAUCCAGUGGUUCUUCUGUUGAAAAUCUUGUUGUUCCAUCAUGCUCCAGUAGUGCUUUGUCACCUUUUCUUGUCAAGGAAUCUUCUCCUGCAGUUCGUCGACAUCCUAUGGUAACAAGGUCUCAAGAUGGUACUCGUCGAGUGCAUACUUUACCUUCUUUGUUGUCCAUUGCUGUUCCUAUUCAAGAGCCAAAGUCUUUCUCUCAUGCUGUUUGUUCUCUUGAAUGGUGUACAGCCAUGGUUAAAGAAUAUUCUACUCUCUUGAGUAUGUUUCUCAAUCAAUCCAAAUAUAUUCUUGAGCUACUUGAGAGAGCUGGUAUAAAGGAUUGUCAAGUUGUAGCCACUCCUCUUGAUUCUAAAAAGAAGUUAGCUGCUACUGAUAGUCUGCCAUAUUUUAAUCUUUCUGGUUAUCGUAGUAUUGUGGGUGCACUGCAAUAUGCUACUUUUACUCGCUGGGAUAUUGCCUUUGCUGUUCAACAAAAGCAAUCUACAGUUUCUCAUUCUAGUGCUGAGGCAGAAUACUGUGCUCUUGCUAAUGCAGUGGCGAAAGCCACUUGGGUUCACCAACUUCUAUCUGAGUUGUCACUUUUCCUUUCCUCUCCUACAACUGUUUAUUGUGAUAAUAUUAGUGCUUUACAUAUGUCCUCCAAUCCUGUUCAGCAUCACCGGACCAAUCAUAUUGAGAUUGACUUGCAUUUUGUGUGGGAAAAGGUUGCUUCUCAACUUGUUCAGUUGCACCAUGUUCCUACUUGUCAUCAAUGGGCUGACAUCUUGACCAAAGCACUUCCAAUUCAGCAAUUUAGUUCAUUACGUACCAAUUUGAGCAUUCUUUCUCAUAUCGCUCAAAGUGAGGGGGGAUGAUAGAAUAUAUUUAUGUAUUGGGGUAAUUAUGUCAUUUAGCAUUGUAUUUUUUGUAUAUAUAUACAGUUUUCUAAUGAGAAGAAACCACGGUAUUUUACUCUGUUUCAGUUGUUAAGUUUCAUAAAGCUCCAGGGCGAUUGUAAUGGUAGACCGCAGAGAUUCUUCCAACUCUGAGUCGUAGUUCUUUUUAUUUUUAUUUUUUUUUCUCUAUCUAUGAUUCAAAGUAUCAUCUUUGCAGAUUCACUUGUAUUCGAUAUAUUCUGCAAUUUUUGUUCUUUGAAAUUGUGAAGGCAAUUACACACAUCUCCUCACCUUCAGAGUGUAUGGUUAUUGCCCUAUUGUGGGGAAAUAAAAAAAAAAUCUCUUU